GAGGGACAGGAGAACGUGGAAAUCCUCCCCUCAGGAGAGCGGCAGCAGGCAAACCAGAAGCGGAUCACUACCCCCUACAUGACCAAAUAUGAGCGAGCCAGAGUCCUGGGCACUCGUGCUCUCCAGAUAGCGAUGUGUGCCCCUGUGAUGGUGGAGUUGGAAGGAGAGACAGACCCCUUGCUGAUAGCCAUGAAAGAACUCAAAGCACGCAAGAUCCCCAUAAUCAUCCGUCGUUACCUACCAGAUGGGAGCUAUGAAGACUGGGGUGUGGAUGAGUUAAUUAUCACAGACUGAUCAGCCUUCACCCAUUGUUUUGGUUCUUUCCUUCUCCAGAGAUGUUUCUAUUUUUGUUUAUAUUUGUGUAAAUAAAUUAUAAGCCUCCCCAUUUUAAGUUAAAUGU